UCUCCUUUGGAAAGAUGUCGGACACGGCAGUAGCGGACACUCGGCGCCUGAACUCGAAGCCGCAGGACCUAACCGACGCUUACGGACCUCCAAGUAACUUCCUGGAGAUCGACAUCUUUAAUCCACAGACGGUGGGCGUGGGCCGGGCGCGCUUCACCACCUAUGAGGUUCGCAUGCGGACAAAUCUACCUAUCUUCAAGCUGAAGGAGUCCUGUGUACGACGGCGCUACAGUGAUUUUGAGUGGCUCAAAAAUGAGCUGGAACGUGAUAGUAAGAUUGUAGUACCACCACUUCCUGGGAAAGCCUUGAAGAGGCAGCUCCCUUUUAGAGGAGAUGAAGGUAUCUUUGAAGAGUCUUUCAUCGAAGAAAGGAGACAGGGCCUUGAACAAUUUAUUAACAAAAUUGCUGGGCACCCACUGGCUCAGAAUGAACGCUGCCUACACAUGUUCCUGCAGGAGGAGGCAAUUGACAGGAACUAUGUCCCCGGGAAGGUGCGCCAGUAGGAGGCCUUCUCACCACUCGCCCUCUACUUUCCUGCUGAAAUGACAUUGGUUUUUACACUAAGCCUCUCUCUCUCUUUGAUCUGAAGUUGGCUACCCAUCCCCUGGCCUGAUAGACUGUUUGGCAUUGUGCUUCUUGGUACCUGACUACACCAUGGGCAUUCUGCUAGAAUCCUCUUCUCUGAAGAGAGGUGGGAAGCUACAGGCAGAUGUCCUUUGCUUGGGGGUAAGGGUGGGGGUGGGAUAUUGGACUGGAAGGCAAUUUCUUGGGCAUUUACCCAUGCCAGAAGGCUAACUUUGUGGGGUGGGUGUCGUGUGCUAGUGAGGCACUUGAAUACAUACUGAUGCUGCAAGUCCCGGGGAUUUUCUUACUCUUAGAUUUAACCAGGAACACUGAGCAGGGAACAACUCUGCCUUUCCUACCUGCAUGUACUUUUUCCUUUUGGUGAAGAUGGUAGAGACCCAGAAGCUGUCCUUAUUUGCUCUAGGUCUGCCCCCAGUUUUCUCAACAGUUUCUUUUGUUGCUAUCUCCCUCCUUUAUGGUGGUAAUCCUAGAAUUGAAACAGUCUGUUGUGUGGAACAAGUGUAUGGGUUUCUGGGCUCAUCAUCAUGGCUACUUCAGAGUCAGAAGAAAGCUGUAGGUCAGUAGGGGAGCUCCAGUUAACUAGCCCUUCCCCUUUCUGGUGCCCCAUUCUGGCUUUCAAUGUUUGCUUACCAGCAGGGAGUGAAUAUAGGCCUGUGGUUCUCCCUUUUUUAAGCCAUCACUACUUUAGGGAUAGCUUUGCAGGUUUGGUGGCUUCCAGGUAACUCCCUGAAGGAUGGGAAUGAAUAAUUUUCUAGGUAUUUCCCAGUGGCAGGGAAUGGCAUCACUACACUCUUCCUCCCAUUUUUCCUUUUCCCCAUGCCAUUUAGUUGCUGCCAUAAGGCAGAAGCACACGAGCAAUUCGCAUAGUUUCCUUCCAAAGCACUUUGAGCUGUUGGAUGGGGCCUAGGGGCAAGAGUUGUUGCUGCCUUCCCCAACUGGGUCACAGGGUUACUGAACUGCCUGCACUUGUUUCCCAUGAACGCCAGCAUUCUUCCCAGAAGCCAAGCUAAGGCUAGCAGCUGGGGGUGGGUUUCCAAAAUUUUUGAGUCAGGAGCAGCUUCUUAGUGCUGGGCUGCUGUCUGGGACAGCAGUGAUUUGUUUGCUGGGGCCCAUUAGCUCUCUUGCACGUUGAUAGGAUGGGAGCAAAUUAACUCUGGUAUCAGGUAAGAUGUGGGGACUCAUUGCUUAGACUCCCUGUUACUGAAAGAUUAGAGUUCUCUAAACAUACCUUGGGGAAAAAGGAUGGCCCACACUGAGAAGAAACUGUUUGGGGAGACAAGAAUUGGAUUUUGAUAGGAUUUGGAGUUCAUCUAAACAUUGCAUUUCCUGAGACAGAUCAACUCUCCAGUUGCUUAGCCUGUGUUGGAGAAGCUCUGCUCCCUUUUCCACCUCCCCAGUGUUGGUAUAGUUGCUGCCUUUUUUAUUUGUAUCUUCUGUUAUUGAUUUUUAAAGAUUUCUUCUUUCAUUGUGCACAAAUGCUGAGAGCCUGAGGCCCCAUUUCUGCUGUGUAUAUAUCCUACUUAGGGGCUUUUAUUUGGCAAACUGUUCAUUCUUCUGUCAGACAAUGUCAUAUUCAACUCUGUUCAUAUUAAACCACUGUGAAACAAGCCUCUUGUUUGCCUUC